ACGGUCCCGUCUCCCCCAGAUGCGUUCACCAUCUGCGCUCUUCCCACACGGACACCACCUAAACGAAGAAGCGCCGAUAGAACGAUCCAUCGACAGUCGAAAAAGCAAAACCCAUAGAAACCGAUGGAAGGCGGCGCCGGCGGCGGCCCUGCUCCUUUCCUUCUGAAGACCUACGACAUGGUAGAUGACUCUUCCACCGACGACAUCGUCUCCUGGAGCCCCACCAAGACCAGCUUCGUCGUCUGGAAUCCCCCCGACUUCGCUGCCCACCUCCUUCCCACCUACUUCAAGCACAACAACUUCUCCAGCUUCAUACGCCAGCUCAAUACCUACGGCUUUCGGAAGAUCGAUCCAGAGCGGUGGGAAUUUGCGAACGAGGACUUCAUCAAGGGGCAGAAGCACUUGCUUAAGAACAUCCACCGCCGCAAGCCCAUCCACAGCCACAGCCAUCCCCCAGGCUUGCUGGCCGACUCCGAGAAAGCGGCGCUUGAGGAGGAGAUCGAGAGGCUCUCGCGGGAGAGGGCCGCCCUCCAGGCCGACCUGUGCCGCUUCAAGCAGCAGCAGUCCGGGACCAAGAUCCAGCUCGAGGACCUCGAACGCCGGCUGGUUGAGAUGGAGCAGCGGCAGCUCAAGAUGAUUGCUUUCUUGCAAAGGGCCAUCCAUAACCCGCGGUUUGUGGACAAUCUCGUGAAGAUGGCGUCUUCGUCUUUGUCGGUGGAUUUCACAGCGAUUCAUAAGAAGAGGCGGUUGCCGGGGACGGAGUAUUGCCAAGAGGCUUCGGAGAAUAGUUUGUAUGAUGAUCAUAGCAGCACUUCGAAGCCGGACAUGGGGCAUGGAUUCCACACUGAUUUCUGUCAUGAGCUGAAAUUGGAGUUGUGCCCUGCUAUUUCGGAUAGUAAUUUGGUCACCGUGAGCACUCAGAGCUCCCAUGAAGAUAAUGGGAGCCUGCACAUGAAGCAAUCUGAGUGCGGCCUCAAUAGAAUGGAAAACCUUCCAUUAUCAUCACAGCCGGUAGAUCUUUCAGAUACAGGGGCAUCUGUGUGUCCUACAAAGAAUUUAUGGCUUCCAGGAGCAGCUGAUGAAGGGGAUGGGCACUUUCCAUGUCAUUUGAAUCUUACUCUUGCUUCGUCUUCAAUGCAGUUAGACAAUAAUCAGUAUUCGAGUAGAACUUCAAACACGGCUGAUCAUGGAGUUCACAAUGACAGUGAGUUGAGCGCGGCUAACAGGAGUAGGGAUGACAAUCAUGGUAAAUCUGCUGGGAACAUCCAAACUACUUCUGCCGAUGCAAAAGCUGCCUCUCCGCAAGAGGUCACCCCAUGCAGUAAUCAAGAACCUAAGGAUCCUCAAGGGAGAGCAAAUGAUGCAUUUUGGGAGAAAUUCCUAACCGAAAGGCCAGGCUCUUCAGACACUGAAGAGGCAAGCUCAAGUUUCAGGGGAAGUCCUGGUGAUGAGGAACAGGAAGAGAUGAAGUCAGACAAUGAGGACAUAUGGAGAAACAGAAAAGAUAUGGAGCAGCUUACUCUCUGAGUUGCUCAUACAGCAUUCUCUUCUUUGACUUGGUGCUGCGAGACACAUGUAAGAUUUCACAACCAACACCCCUGUACCAUCUACAGUUUUGACAUAAAUGUUUCAUCUGAUAUAUGCUGAUCAUGAUCUGCUGUUCUAUACCAGUGUACAUGAAGAUGACAGUAGAUUAAUGCUCAAUGAGUUGGUUUUUACUCCAAAUCAACAGAAAUAAUUAUGUGUUGAUACUGGUGCUAUUCAUCUCAGAGCAUUUGUUUGUAUAUAUUUGUUAAAAAUUGAUAAAGAACACUAUGUA